ACGCUCACAUCCACAACAGUAUCAGCUGUGCAGAAUUGGACGAGCAGAAACCCAAACAAUGCUGACGUUACCAAUAUUAUGUUUUAAAAGACAGCCGAGUACCACAAACGUAAAAUGUGCACAAUUGCGCAGCGAAAUUUUCAAAUGAAAUAGUAUUAAAUGCGUUUCGUCACACUAUUCGUCAACCAGCCAAAUUCAAACACCAGCUGCCUUCGAUUUCAAUAAUUUGUUUCUGCUUGAACAACUGGCGCCUUCUUUUGCUUGUGAUAACAAUCGGCCCCCAGAUACCUGGUUUCGCAGCUAACAAAAAAAAAUUAGCUCUUCUACUUAUUUAGCAACUUCGCUCUGUUCAUUAGCAAACCAACCGAGGUGAAAGCGAAUUGCAUCAUGUUCUCGCAUUCGGGCCAUGUUAUGACGCUUGCGAAUAGCAUAAUAGGUGUCGGCAUCUUGGCGAUGCCUUUCUGCUUCCAGAAAUGCGGAAUUAUCUUGUCGAUUGUAUUGCUCAUACUCAGCAAUUGGAUAACACGCAUUUGUUGUCACUAUCUGAUUAAAACUUCAUUGCUGACACGUCGCAAAAGCUUCGAAAUGCUUGGUCUUCACGCUUUCGGCACAUCCGGCAAACUUCUGGCGGAACUCUGCAUCAUCGGUUAUCUGAUUGGCACGUGCAUAACGUACUUUGUCGUCGUUGGCGAUCUGGGACCACAGAUUGUGGCCAAGCUCUUAGGAUUGGAGAUCACAGAGUACCAACAUUUACGCACCUUGGUCAUGUUCGCUAUCACCGCCCUUUGCAUUGUGCCGCUGGGCAUGCUGCGCAAUGUGGACAGCUUGUCGGCUGUCUGUACUGCCUCCAUUGGAUUCUAUGUGUGCCUCAUGCUCAAGAUUGUGCUCGAGUCCGAGUCGCAUAUUGUGGCCAACGAUUGGACAGAGAAAGUCGUCUACUGGGAGCCAGCAGGUGUGCUCCAAUGCCUGCCUAUCUUUAGCAUGGCCUUGGCCUGCCAAAUGCAACUUUUUGAGGUCUUCGGCAGUAUCAAUAACCAAAGUCUGGACAAAUUGAAUGGCAUUGUGCGCAAUGCGACGUGGAUUUGCACACUGGUGUACAUAGCUGUCGGCUUCUUUGGCUAUGUGGCUUUCUGCACGCAUAGCUUCUCAGGUAACAUCUUGGUAAAUCUGUCACCUUCAUUCGGCAGCGAUAUUAUCAAAAUUGGAUUCGUGCUUUCUAUUGCAUUCAGCUUUCCACUGGUCAUAUUUCCAUGCAGAGCCAGCAUUUACUCCUUGCUGUAUAAAAAGGGUCACAUGGAGAGCAGCAAUUAUAUACCAGAGCAGCGCUUCCGAGUGAUAACACUCUUCAUCGUCUUCUUCUCGCUUUGUGUAGCGCUCAUUAUUCCCUCUGUUGAGCUCAUUAUUGGCUUAGUCGGCUCCACAAUAGGCGUUGCCAUAUGCAUAAUGUUCCCCGCGUCGAGCUUUCGCCAGAUCAUUAGAAAGGACUCCACGGAACGAACCUUGGCACAGUUUGUGUUCGUCAGCGGGUUUUGCCUGAUGAUUCUGGGCACGUAUGCCAACCUGCACGCCAUCGAUGCCCAGAGCUCUGGUCCCCAGUUCGAUGCAGUGCAAGUGGUUACACCAUUGUUAACCAACGAUAUCCCACCACCCGUCGAGGUUCCCAAUAUACAAAACUCCGAAGUAAUCAAACGCUUAGUGAAAACCAACGAGGCUGAAGUCAAAGAAGUAUUAGGAAAACUGGAAGAGAACAAACGUGUACGGGCAGCAGAUAACAUAAAUCUUGUCGAAAAGCCCAACGUUGUGAUCGCUGUUUCCGAUAAUCCACCGAUGCCACCACUGCCUGUUGACGAAUCCCAUGGCAUGGAUUCGAAAAACGAAGCCCCACCAGAAAAGUCUGAAAGUCUGCCCAAAGAAGAGCCCCAACCAGUUGCAGUUGCAAAAGAUGCAAAAAUAGUUCUCAAGAAAAACUCGACAAGAGCAGAGGAUGUGGUUCCAGUGAGUGUGGCUCCCGUGAAGGAGGAAGCUUCACACCCCAUGAACAUAGCUGCACAGCAGACCAUAGAUGGAGCAGCCAUCAAAAAGGAGGAAGAAAUAACGGCCGAAGAGCAAAAGGAUAAAGUAAUGGUAGUCGAUUUGCUAAAACAAGAAAAAGAACUGAGAGAGAAAAUGGAGAGAUUGGGUCGCACUGUAGACAAGCUAAACGAGGAGUUGGCCAAACAAAAGCCACAGAGUGCAGACACAAUGAAACUUUUGGAGCGCAGCCCUCAACAGCAGCCACAACCUCAACUACAGCCUCAACAGCAGCCACAACUGCAACUGCAACCACAACAAGAGGUCAACAACACGCUAAGGGAACGGAAGCCCGCUUCACUGCUGGAAAUUCUGACGGAGAACGCUCACGCGCGAGAGGAACAGGAAGCGCACGCUGGCGUCUUUGAGCCGCUCUCUUACAAAACGGGCGAGCUGCUGCGGAAUGCGAGUGCCGAUGCACCGCCACUGGCCCAACGGCUGCCACUGCCUUUGGCGCUGCUGGCCAAUUCAACCAAGGCACGAGCCAACAGUAGUGUCUUAGCUGCUCAGCUGACGGCCAACAAAUCAAUCGAUGCUGACAACGUGGAGGCCAUCCGGCGAGAGCUGCUGCAGCUGAAGGAGCAACAGAUGACGACGACGGCACAGCCGGCGAUACGCGUCAAACGUGACGCCGAUGGCAAUGAAAAUUGUCUUCCCGAACCAAAACUGAACGAAGUGAAGAGCGGCGGCUUGAUCGGACUCACCCUGCAAGUGGAGAAUAUGGGACGUGAACUGAAGUCCGUUAAUGACGAUGAUCUCGAGAGAACGAGCUCGACACCCAACACAAACACAGAUGAUAAAAGGCUAACUAGUGCGCUGAACUGAACUGCAAGCACUACGUGCAUCAGAAGAUGAUGUAACAAGAUGUAUAGACAGAUGUACAGCUCCAGUCUAAUGUUCACAGGGCCAACAAGCUUUAUUAUUAACUUAUUUAUAUUGAAAGAUAAUGUAUUAAUUUAGUAUCUAGCAGAAGAUG